GCGCCGUCGCCGCUGCAAUUUGCCGGGCUUGCGAGGCUCGUGGUUCUAGCUUCUCCGCGAGACCGCCGAGCGGUAUCCACCGUCGCUCAGGUCCCGAGGCCCGCGGUGUCACAGGGUCGGCGACAUGUCGAUGCUGGCUGAGCGUCGGCGGAAGCAGAAGUGGGCUGUGGAUCCAAGAAACACUGCGUGGAGUAAUGAUGACUCCAAGUUUGGCCAGAGGAUGCUAGAGAAGAUGGGGUGGUCUAAAGGAAAGGGUUUAGGGGCUCAGGAGCAAGGAGCCACAGAUCAUAUUAAAGUUCAAGUUAAAAAUAACCACCUGGGACUAGGAGCUACGAUCAAUAAUGAAGACAGCUGGAUUGCUCAUCAGGAUGAUUUUAACCAGCUUCUGGCCGAACUGAACACUUGCCAUGGGCAGGAAACAGCAGACUCCUCAGACAACAAGGAAAAGAAAUCUUUCAGCCUUGAAGAGAAGUCCAAAAUCUCCAAAAACCGUGUUCAUUAUGUGAAAUUCACAAAAGGGAAGGAUCUCUCAUCUCGGAGCCAAACAGAUCUUGACUGCAUUUUUGGGAAAAGACAGAAUAAGAAGACCCCCGAGGGCCAGCCCAGUCCCGACGCUGCAGAGGGGACUGACGUCUCCCCCAUGACCACCAGUGCCUUCACCAUCCGCGAGUACUUUGCCAGGCGCAUGGCGGAGCGCAAGAGUAAGGCGCAGGGCACGGCCGUGGGGCCAGAGGCUUCAGAGACCCCAGUGGAAAGGAAAGCAGGGAAGAAAAGAAAGAAAGAGGGGAAAGAUAAAAGUGUGGAGAAUUGCACCCACCCCAAGGCCAAGAAGAAGAGAGACCAAGUUGAGUGGCAGCUGGGAGACCCACGCUGGGACGAGAAUUCUGGUGCUGCUUCUGAGGGUGAAGAAGGUUGCGUGGCGCCACUCGAUGACCGGGACCCUCCCUCGAGGCCCAGAAACAGGAAAGAAAAGAAAAGGGGACAGAAGCAAGCUGAGACAGCAGAGGACGGUACGCUGGAUGAAACACCAGUGAAAAAGAAGAGGAAAAAGAAGAAAGGUUCCAAAUAAAUUCUCUGGAGCCAGGGCCUCCCAGCUUCUCAGCUGUCAGGGCGCUGCUGGGGCAAACUCCCUGGCCCGAUGGCAGAGCCGGUUCACUCCGCGAGCCGCGCACAGCCUCGGACACGCCCGGCCCUGCUGCAUCUCGCCCUCACGCUUUCCCAAAUCGGAUUCCCAGAACUUCUUAGUGUCCCAAAUCAUGGCUCUCAGAAACAAAUACAUUUCUUUCUUAGACUCUGAGUCCACCGUAUUUAUUCCCCUUCAUGUGAGUACAUCGUUAUGUGCACGUGCUUGUGUGUGUAGGUCUCUCACAGUCUGUAUUUGCUCUUGAUUUCUUUCAGUAACAGUGAACUGUGCUUCCUGCUGAAGGACUCGGUCUAAUUAAAGGAUUAAGAGGCAA